GAGAGAGAGAGAGAGAGAGAGAGAGAGAGAGAGAGAGAGAGAGAGAAAGAGUUCUUACUCAUUAAGCGAUCGACCAAGUUCAGCUAAGCCCACACUCUCUCUCUCUCUGCUGCACACACGCGCGCUCACACAGUGGUGCACACACAUCGAUACAGACACAAACAGAAAGCAGAAGUGGAGAGAGGCUCUGUAUUUGGGGCGACGUGGUUGGUUAUGGCUCAUGGUUCUGACAGUAAUGAUUCCAGUUAUGCCAAGUCCCCUUCGCCAGCGAGUAGCAGGCAGGGCUCCUCAGACAACAUCAAGAAGGUAAUGAGAAGAGAGAAGAACCGUAUCGCUGCCCAGAAGAGCAGGAUGAGACAGACCCAGAAGGCAGACAGUCUACACCUGGAGAGUGAGAACCUAGAGAAGGAGAACGCAGCUCUGAGGAAGGAGGUGAAGAGACUAACAGAAGAGGCCAAGUAUCUCUCCUCCGUCCUGACUACCCAUGAGCCUCUCUGCACCGGCCUGGCCCCUCAGACGACCCAUGACCUCCUGUACUCCCCCCACCACCACGGGAGCAGUGCCUUCCACCACCAGCACAGUAUUGCUGUGUCUCACUACCAGCACUGAUCACCACAGACCAACAAGGGGGACUGGAGAGAAGCUGGAGACGUUUAGUGACCUUGGUACACUAUGGCACCCUAUUUACUUAGUAGUGCACUACUUUUAACCAGAGCCCUAUGUGUCAAAAAGUUGUGUACUAUAUAGAGCCACUUGAACAGAGUAAAGAAUGGUGUUUGAAACGGCACGGAACAAGCAGCAAUUAGGAAUGGUUUCUUGGUGUAAAAUAACUGAUUUUCUUAUUUUGAAAAGAUGACAAAAGGCAGUUCGAUAUAAAAAUGACUUCCGAACCCAUCUUUACGACGUGACUAUAGAAUCAAUCAAUGUAUGGACAAUGCAAAUAGUCCAUGUCUAACUGUAGGACAGAAAACCCAACAUGAUCGCGAUACCAGAACACCAGUUUGUGGAAAUGUUUCUUGUCCUCUAUUCAUACAAUGAUGAAUGAUAAAAAUGAUUGUUUUAUGUUUUUUAAAUUUUUAUUUUUAUUUUUUUUAAUUCUUUUGUAUAUAACAUUUGAUCCCUUCAAUCUUGGAGGUUACAGUGUUUGUGUGCAUUGCUCUUGUGUCAGUUGUAAAUUUGACCUUUUUAAAUAUUCGAAGUAA